AUAGGCGAGUUUGGCGGCCCGGUUGCUAAAGGCGGAUCCGAGCGCGAAACGUCGCUCCGAAACCUGCCGGGGUUUUUGGCGUUGUUAGGCGGAAGUCCGCGGCGCAACCCACCCGGCCUAAGAAGAAGAAAGAAAGGAAGGAAGGAAGGAAGGAAGGGACCCGGAUGCCGAAAGUAUGGAGUUCCCUUUUGACGUGGACUUGCUCUUCGGCGAGCGGAUCGCGACGGUGGAUCAGCACCUGCAGCCGUCGGGCAGAAAGGGAGCCGGGCUCACCGCCACUCACAGAGCUGAUAUGCAGCAGCAACUCAUGAAGAUCAUAGAUGAGAUGGGCAAAGCCUCUGCCAAGGCCCAGAAUCUGCCAACUCCAAUCACCAGUGCCUCAAGGAUGCAAACCAACCGCCAUGUGCUCUACAUCCUGAAAGACAGUGAAGCAAAAAUGACUGGCAAAGGGAUUAUAAUUGGCUUCCUCAAAGUUGGUUACAAAAAACUCUUUGUAUUGGACCGUCAAGGAGCUCACAAUGAAGUGGAACCUCUGUGUGUGCUGGAUUUCUACAUUCACGAGUCUCUUCAGCGGCACGGCUAUGGCAAGGAGCUCUUCCAUUACAUGCUGCAGCGAGAGCGAGUAGAGCCCUAUCAGUUGGCAAUCGACCGCCCAUCAGAAAAACUUCUGUGCUUCCUUCGUAAACACUACAGCCUCACUGACAUAAUCCCCCAGGUGAAUAAUUUUGUAAUUUUCCAGGGCUUUUUCAGCCACCAGCAUGCUCCAGCAAGAAAGCUGCCCCCAAAGCGCUCUGAGGGAGACAUAAAACCGUAUUCGCUGUCAGAUCGAGAAUUCUUGAAGGAAGAGACUGAGCCACCUUGGCCUUUCAACCAGUCUCGGGCACUGACCCGCUCAAGCAGUGUGGGGAAUUCUCCAGUGCGAGGCUGCCUCAAGCCUUUUCUCAACGAGCAAGAGUUGCUGAAGAACUUGCGUCUCUGUCCCCCACAUGCGGCUGCCCAACAUCUGAUCAAUGGUGAUCCGGGCAACUUGCUUUCACAGAGGCGGAGAACCAGGGGGAGCUCUGAAAAGGACAGCCUGAUAGCUAAAAAGUGGUCCUACAGCCGCUUCAAGAACUCUGCUGAAAGUGCAGAAGAGCCUGAGAAAAGACCAGGGGAUAUAAAGGAUAACUCUGAUUCACCAAAAGCAACUCAGAGAUCAGACAGCAAACUUAAAGGCACUGCUCUGAGCCAUCCCCAUGAUCUAGAACCAAUGAUCAUUAGGCAGAUGGAAGAGACAGCCCCAGUUCCUGAAGAAUCUUCACCUCCCAUGAUGGAUGCUCAAGAUCUUGACGAAUCAGCCUUUUGGGAAAAGACAAAGAACUCCAGUGCUUUAACAGUCCCCUACAAGAAUGCCAUUUGCAAAAGUCAGCAUCAUGUUCCCUGGAUUCCUCUGAAGCAGAAUAAGGGGCUGUACAAUCUGGCUCCAAACUCAUGUCAGAGGAAGCCACUGUGGAUAGUAGCAGGAAGUCCUUAUGAAGCCAAGUGGACCCACCACAAGUAUCUGUAUUGCAAUACUAGACCUUGGUAAAGGAAAUGAGUCAAAAUCAGGGCUGUUGAAUUAACAGAUAAUGUUGUCUAUAGGAAGUAGGACAACAUUGCCAACAGCAUAUUUAAAGUAUUAAUUAUUGAAGUAUUCAUAUUCUCUCUCAUUAUUAGAUCUGACUAAAGUAGCAGCAUAACUUUUCUUAGGUUUGCUUCCUUAGAUUAGUACAAGCCAUUUAAUAUUGUUUGCUACUCACUCCAUACAUUGGGGUGAUGAAUCUGGCCCUCUAGAACAGCAGUUCCCAAACUUGGCAAAUUAAAAUAUGUAAACUUUUAACUCCCAUAAUUUCCUAGUCAGUUAUGUUGGCUGGGCAAUUCUGGGAGUUGAAAUCCAUGCAUCUAAAAAGUUGCCAAGAUUGGGAACUGCUCUAGACGAUGUUAAAGUACAACUGACAGCAGCUCCAGUUAACAUGGUCAAUGAUGAAGGGUACAGAAGUUGUAAUUCAGAGACCUCUUCGCACCUGCCUGUAUUUUAAGGGUAUGGUCUUGUUUGCUUUAUGCUAGUUUUUUUCCACUUUGAAAUUCUUCUAAUUUCUUCUUUUCAAAUGGAAGUUUGUUUAGUUAGCUGUUACUGUAUCUGAAACUGUAUUUCAAAUUCCUUUCCCCUCCUUUCUUUCAAAAUUUGUGAGCCAAAUAUAGGUCUCCAAAUGAGAAUGAAAGCAAAACAGAUUCCAUCAUAUGCUAUAAACUUGGGGAUUUGAGCCACAUGGAAACUUGAAUGCAGAUUUAAAACAUUGUUUAAAAUGUGGUAGAAUUGAAUUAAGUUAUCUCACUUGGAGAUACUGUGCCAUGUUGAAGUUUUUAAAUGUUACGGGAGGAGAGGGUAGAGUCUUGUGCUUUUGUCUUGACUAAUAAGAAAAUGUUGGAAGGGAUAUGUGCAAUAAAAAUAUCCAAUUUAAUCAAAAUGGAUUUAGCACUUUGGGGUCUAAAUUCAGAUCUCAUUCUAGUUUGGUUUAUUUUAAUUCUUAAUUGAUGUACAUCAAUUUACAUGUUGUAGCUGGACAAAGUUGAUUGAAAUAAAACUGGCAUUUCUCAUUCUUUGUUGAUCCUUGUCAGGUUCCUUUAACUCAGUAGUCGCCAACCAGUGGGCCAGGGACCACUG